AUGAUCGAAUUGAGGAGGAGAGAAGACGACGCCUUGAGGAGAAGGAACGCGAUGCUGAGGGAUGCCUCACAGGUCAGUUUAUUUAUAUUAAAGAGACUAGUAGACAAAAUACUGAAGGAGGAAGCGAGGGCGACCCUGGCGGAGGAGUGUCACAAACAGCUGGACCUGAUCGACGCGAGAAGAGAGAACGAUGCAUUGGGGAAGAACGCGAUGCUGAGAAAUGCUCUGCAGCAUGUCCUGGACAGCCCCGAGAGAGACUGGCGGCUGCUGGCUGCCCUCGCCAAGAAGAGGGACGAGAGCGACGAUCGGGAGCGGCUGGCGGAGGAGUUCCAGCGCAUGUGGCAGAAGGAGAAGCAGGAGAGAGAGAUGGUAACAUCGACUACAAAAUCAGCAAGUCCUGGACAUCCCCGAGAGAGACUGGCGGCUGCUGGCUGCCCUCGCCAGAAGAGGGACGAGAGAGACCAGCGGGAGCGGCUGGCGGAGGAGUUCCAGCGCAUGUGGCAGAAGGAGAAGGAGGAGAGAGAGAUGGUAACAUCGACUACAAAAUCAGCAAGUCCUGGACAUCCCCGAGAGAGACUGGCGGCUGCUGGCUGCCCUCGCCAGAAGAGGGACGAGAGAGACCAGCGGGAGCGGCUGGCGGAGGAGUUCCAGCGCAUGUGGCAGAAGGAGAAAGAGGAGAGAGAGAUGUCCAGAGAUGUGCUGGACAUCCCCGAGAGAGACUGGCGGCUGCUGGCUGCCCUCGCCAAGAAGAGGGACGAGAGCGACGAGCGGGAGCGGCUGGCGGAGGAGUUCCAGCGCAUGUGGCAGAAGGAGAAGGAGGAGAGAGAGAUGGUAGAAGCUGAAACCCUCGACCAGUACAAGCGGUACCUCGCCCAAAAGCGUCACCAGGAGCGGUUGAGGCUGGAACACAAGCAGCUGCGGCAGGCCACAGAGCAGCAACUCAAGCAGGGGGAGCUCCUGAACUGCAUCCGAUACAAGCAGAGGCGCAGCGACGACCUGCGAGCGCUGAUCAUAGACCAGAAGGUGACAGACAUAGUAGACAAAGCACUAGAAGAAGAAGCGCGAGCGACCCUGGCUGCGGACCGGCGCCUGCGUCAGAGCGCGGCGGAGGAGUGCCGGAGACAGCUGGACCUGGCCGACGCGAGGAGGAGGGAAGACGACGCGUUGAGGAGGAGAAACGCGAUGCUGAGGGAUGCCUCACAGCGUGCAGCGAUAUCAAACGCGCUAAGCUCCUGGGAGACCACGCUCCUCAGGCAAGAAGUCUCCGCGCUGGAGGCAGCACGUCGCGCGUCCCACGCCGCGCGCGCUGCGCUGACAGAAGUGCGCAGCGCGAGGAUUGCGCGCGCGAGAGACGUCAGGCUGAAGAAGGCUAGGCGAUUGGCGGCCAUUACCGCGCAGAUGAGGGAGGCUGUCAGAUCUGGGAGGACUCAGUAAAGGCCUUUUAAAAAUGUUUAUAUCCGCCUGCAUAAAGGUUGGUACAAACC